AUGGCGUCACCACAGCAAGAAGAGAAGGAGUUCAAGCACCCCGAGGCGUCUCAUGCCCGGAAGAAAAACAAGAAUCCCAACAGUAUAGAGCCAAUCACCGUUUUUUACAUGUUCAUAGCCGCAAACCUGUUCUCAGCUGUUUAUGCACCGAUCCAGGACUGUGAUGAGACCUUCAACUACUGGGAGCCCACCCACUACCUCGUUCAUGGGUACGGCCUGCAGACCUGGGAGUACUCGCCGGACUAUGCGAUCCGCAGCUGGCUAUACGCCGGCCUGCAUGCCGUGGUGGCCGGUCUCCGCCGCAUUUUGCCGCAGACGUCCAAGGUCGGCGAAUUCUAUUUCGUCCGCUAUGUCUUGGCCUUUGUCUGCACCAUCUGUCAGACCUUGCUCUUCCGGGUAAUCAGUGGCACGAUUAACCCGCGCAUCGGCUUCUUCUUCGUGGUCGCGCUGUGCACCAGCCCGGGCAACUUUCACGCCAGCACUGCCUUCCUCCCGUCUAGCUUCGCCAUGUAUGCCGUCAUGUUAGGCGCAGCCUCCUUCAUGGACUGGCGCGGCGGACUCAAGACGCUCGGGGGCAUGUUUUGGUUCGCGGUAGCCGGCGUGAUCGGCUGGCCGUUUGCGUCUGCCCUGUGUGCCCCCUUUAUUGUUGAGGAGGCUUUUCUCGCCCUCUUCGGUGGUGGGGAGGCACUCUAUGAGAGCUUCAUCCGGGUUGCGCAAGGUGUCGUCGCAAUAUUUCUACUAGUGGUUUCUGAUACCAUUGUCAACACAUUCUUUUACAAGAAGGUCGAGGCCGUCGCAUGGAACAUUGUCGAGUACAAUAUAUUCUCCUCCAGCGGUGGGCCGAACCUCUAUGGCACCGAGCCUUGGACGUUUUACUUCAAGAACCUCGCCUUGAACUUCAACAUCUGGUUCAUUCUCGCUCUGCUGGCGUUUCCCCUGUUCCUUCUUCAAAAGGCAGCAGGGUCAUCUGGAGGGUCGCUGCGCGCCUUAGUUUUCCUAUCGCCCUUUUACAUGUGGUUGACCAUCUUUACGUUCCAGCCUCACAAGGAAGAGCGAUUCAUGUACCCGGCCUACCCCUUCUUAGCGCUGAACUCAGCAAUCUCCUUGCAUAUACUCCUCGAAAUCCUCGGGAGCAGAGGCCCCGGAAAUCUGAUGGGCAUGAUCCCAGCAAAGCUCAAACUCUUCUCGGUCGUGGGCGUCUUCUCGACGUUUCUGGCCGUGAGCAUUCUUCGCAUCUGCGGCGUGAUAUCGGGCUAUGCAGCACCGCUGUCCCUUUAUGACCCUCUUGGUGCACAGCUUGCGCACAUCAACUCAGAGCAAGGCAUAGGUGGUCGUGGCGACUUUGUGUGCUUCGGAAAAGAGUGGUACCGGUUUCCAAACUCGUUCUUUCUGCCGCGGGACAUGCAUGCCAAGUUCAUCCGGUCUGAGUUCCGUGGUCUGCUGCCCGGCGAGUUUUCCGAAGCCCGGACUGGAUUUGGCUUGUGGAGCGGCACGUGGCUGCCAACUAUGGGGAUGAACGACAUGAACGAGGAAGACAUGGGGAAGUACACGGACAUCCGUACGUGUGCCUUUCUUGUGGACACGCAGUACCCCGAAAAUGCCCGCAAGGGACUUUCUCUGCCGCCGAACGAGCCCGACUACGUGGCCGACACGGAGAACUGGGAUGUGGUGAAGUGCCUACCUUUUCUUGACGCUGGCAACACUGGAUUUCUGGCUCGAGCGCUGUGGAUACCAAGUUUUGACUUUUUGCCUCCGCAGCUGCAGCGCAAAUGGGCACGGCACUGCCUCUUGCGGCGGAAGAAUAAAAUUGGCGAGUAG